AUGGAUUCAACGCAUUUUAUCACGUGGUUAGAUUCAACUUGCGCAACUUUAAGAGAGGAGAUUGGAAAGAAAGCACGAAUUGCUAUCUGUCUAGAUAACGCGACUUGGCACAAUAAACUCACAAAAGAAUCAGUGAUUCCGAAACGUGCUUCGCCAAAGGGAGAUAUUCAACAAUGGUUAAAAGAUCACAAAAUUAAUUUUUCGGAAAAAUGCAUUAAAGCUCAGUUGUUAGAGCUGAGUGUGACAAUCUAUGAUUGUACACUUCUCCUUUUUCCUUAA